AUGUCCAGGAGUGUCAGGAAGACCAUUCCCGCGUGUCCGUCCGGGCUGCGAGUCCAGCACUUUCCAGGAGCCCCAGCCCGCCCAACCCCACGAGGAAGGCCCGUGCCUGGAGAAGGAGGGGUAGAGCGGGCACCGAGAGAGACCAAGCCGGGCUCAGCCUCCCCCGGCACCGGUAUUGAGGGGGGUUGGGAGUGGGGUGCUGGCCGGGAGCUACCUGGGUCUUCGAGGGGGAGGAAACAAGGCCCAGAGAGCGUUACGAAAGAGGAAUGGGUUAUGGAAAGGGAAGCUCGCGCAAGGAAAAGAGCUAGGGAGCAGAGGUGGGGGAGGGGAACAGCGAGGGUGUCGCUCUGCGCAUGCUCCCACCUUUCCCUUUUCCAGUCGGCUCGCGCGGGUAUCCCCUGUACCGGCGCCCUGGCUCCUCGGGCACGGAUCUGGCUCCUGAUAUGGGGGGCGACCGUGCUUCUCAGCCGCUCCACAGCCAAUCGCUUGGGCAAAAAUACCAGUUGUUCAGAGAUUAUUCUGAUUCAAGAAAUUGGGAAAGAUGGCUUUCACAGAGACUUACUAACAAGAGUGAAACUUGGCACAAAUGUUGAAAAUUCACAGACCUGCAAUGUUUUGAUUAAAUAUCACCUCCCUUCGGGAUUAUAUGUGGACCCAUAUGAAUUGGCUUCAUUACAAGAACACAAUGUGACAGAGGCAAUGAUAAUUCAAGAUACUGUUGACUUAGAAGCUCCUGACUAUUUGUCUGAAGAACUUGAUGUCUUUGUUUAUGCCAAGUCAGAUUCCCAGUGCUCUGAGUGCUUUAGAACUAUUUUGCCUGUUCACUGCCGGUAUCACCAGCCUGAGGAGAAAGAAGAAAAAACUUUUGUGGUGGUGAAGAACCCAGAAUUACUUGUCAGUUGCUACAAUGAUUUUCCUUCUCUGAACUGCUGGAAACAGUCUGAUAUGGAAGCUCCUUGUUCUGUGAGGAAUAAGCACAUCUGUCAGUGGAACAAAGUGAAGUAUAAAUCAGUAAAUCAGAAUGUGACAUUACAGGUUCCAGUGGGGCUAAGAGAACAUUGUCUCCUCGUAGGUGCCAUGACGCUGCUUGUUACAGUCUUAUGUUCUGUUUUUAUCCUUAGAGCAGUAUUCAAACAUGGUAAUUUCUCCCUGUGAAAAUGUAAUGUAAUGAUUUGUGGUGUUUUGGAAUUAUGACAUCCCUUUUAAUUGACAGUAAUGUAUUUUAGUUUUGGUGAAAUCAAUUUUAUUUUCUUCAAUUUUUUUUUUUUUUUGGCAAAAAUAUUUGAGUUAAGUGACUGCCCAGGGUUAUACAACUAGAUAAGUGUAAAGUAUCUGAGGUCUUAUUUGAACUCAGGUCCACAUGAGCCCAGGACUAAUGCUCUAUCCACUAUACCAUCUAGUUGUCCCUGGUGAAACCAAUGUAAUAAAAUAUGGAAUGGUGUUUUGUAAAUAAUUUCAUCUAAUUUUUACUUAAUACAGAAUUUUGACACUGAA